AUGGCCAGGACCACUGGGGAUCCUGCCAAGCGGCGACGUUGCUUAGCUCGCAUUAAGUUCUGGCGAAGAUCACGCGUUGGCAGCGAUGUCACCCUGGGGAUCAUCAAAUAUAGAGUCGUAUCUAAGCCCUCAAGACGCUUUCAAUUUUCUUUGAUUAAGGCUUGGUUUCAUCGGAUCAGAAAAGAGAACUACAAGUACAGUGGCUCUUUUCAAGAAGCCAUCAAGCCAGUCCUCAUUAUCGCCCAAAUCUUUGCUCUAAUGCCAGUUCGAGAAGUUAGCUCAAAGUUUGCAGAAGAUCUGACCUUCACCUGGUUUAGUAUUCGAACUUAUUACGCCCUGGUGACCAUCCUUUGCUUUGGCGUAACUUCCGGAUAUCUGGUGGCCUUCGUGACUAAUGUCUCAUUCAAUUUCGAUUCAGUGGAGACGCUGGUAUUCUAUUUGUCUAUAUUCCUUAUCUCUUUGUCAUUUUUGCAACUGGCCAGGAAGUGGCCAGCUAUUGCUCGGGAAUGGCAGUUAGUGGAGGCCAAGCUACCACCUCUGAAGUUGCCUAAAGAACGCAGAUCUCUGGCGCGGCACAUCAAGAUAAUCACCAUUGUGGCCACUACUUGCUCGCUGGUGGAACACAUUAUGAGCAUGCUGUCUAUGGGUUACUAUGUGAACUCCUGCCCUCGAUGGCCAGGUAAUCCCAUCGAUAGUUUCCUGUAUUUAAACUACUCUUCGGUGUUCUAUUUUGUGGAUUAUACCCAAUUCCUGGGUAUUUUAGGAAAGGUGGUUAAUGUCUUGAGUACCUUUGCUUGGAACUUCAAUGACAUCUUCGUGAUGGCUGUCAGUGUGGCUUUAGCUGCUCGUUUUCGACAGCUUAAUGAUUACAUGAUGAAGGAGGCUAGAUUGCCCACAACUGCGGACUUCUGGAUGCAGUGUAGGAUUAACUUCCGGAACCUUUGCAAACUGUGCGAGGAGGUGGACGAUGCCAUAUCCACUAUUACCCUACUCUGCUUCAGCAACAAUCUGUACUUUAUCUGUGGAAAAAUCCUGAAGAGCAUGCAGGCCAAGCCAUCUAUUCUGCACGCCUUAUACUUUUGGUUCUCACUCACCUAUCUGCUUGGUCGUACUCUAAUUCUGUCACUAUAUAGCUCCAGUAUAAAUGAUGAGUCCAAGCGACCCUUGGUCAUUUUUCGUUUGGUCCCCAGGGAGUAUUGGUGCGAUGAGCUCAAGCGCUUUUCGGAGGAGGUUCAGAUGGACAAUGUGGCACUGACUGGCAUGAAGUUCUUUCGGCUGACACGCGGCGUUGUCAUUUCGGUGGCUGGUACUAUUGUGACCUACGAACUUAUUCUGCUGCAGUUCAACGGCGAGGAAAAGGUGCACGGCUGCUUCGAAAGCUGA